CUUUCGUGGAAAAUCUAGCGGAGAAAAUGAGAUUCACACAAUUUUGUCAAAACUGCCCAUUUUUUUAACAUUUCAAAAUGUGACCGAUUGGAUGGGUAUGAGCUGGCGCAAUUGCGCAAAUCGACGGGUAGGAUUGAAGGGGAAGUGGCUGCAGGAAGCUUAUCUGCUGCUGUGUCUGAUAGAAGAAAUAGCUUUUCCCUCAGAACUGGGAGUUGCUCCAGUACAACUAGGCUACCAUCAGUAGAGCUAAGGUUCCCCUCACGAUCACUUCGCAGCCUUCCACCUACUCAUAGUUUACUUCGUCUGGAUUUCCAACGAGGAUAGAGCCUUCAGCACCUUACCAGACGCGACGUUUCCGACUGAUCUAGCACUCUCCCCUAACGGUAAUUCCGUAGAGGGUAUUCAUCAGCCAAGGUCUCACAUUAGCGCCGACUUUCUUGACCGAAUACUUGUGUAUACGACCAACCUCUAUGUUAUAAUAUUAAUGAUUGAUGGUUUGCGCAGCAAGCUGCUUUGCAAUGUGUUCCGCUAAAUGUCCUGAUCGUGGUAGCCGCAUCCAGUCAGUCUGUUCCCCCUCGUCAGAGAUCCAAUGCGGUGCAAAUGGGAGCAGAAAAGAAUCUCGCAGCUCAGCCAGCAUGCACUUGGCGUGCAACAGUGCCUCGAUUGGCCCCACAAGUCCUUCUACUAAAAUGAUUUCACUGGAACGACCCCUCGCUACAAGGCCCUCGCAGAGGCGUUACACUCGCUUACGAUCGCAACAUCAUCUACUAAUAUGCCUGAUCGUCGCUCUCCUAAGCUUAUUAUAUCCCACAACGACAAUCUCCACACCAUCGCCGGCGUCCGUUCACGAGACGUAUAAGCCUGGCGCUAGCGUUUCGUAUAGCGGAGAUGACUUUGACGAGCGUUUCGGUGGUCUGUCGAGCUGCAUGGCCGAGGGAGACUCCGAGGAUUGCUCGGGACGUGGCAUCAGCGCUGACCAGGGCGGAAGUGACCACAGCGGCGGUGGCACCUCCGCUGAAGCGCUUCCCAGCAGAGCCGCCGGGAAAAGAGAGGAUGGUAGACGGGGCCCCCGUGCGUUCGCUGAUCUCGUUGACGGCGUGCACGGGCUGCACGUGAUGCGGAUCAACAGCCGACUGGCUGCUCACCCUGCUGUCUCUGCUCACCCUGCUCGCUCUUCCAGGCCGGACCACGCUCCUCCGCCCCCCCAACCUCCCUCACCCUCGUCCAUACCGGUUCCCAAGCCUGACGUUUCAGCUGCUUUUGCAGCUUCCUGGAACUCUCCGGAGAAUUCGUCCGCGGGGCAUGCGUUCGGGCGGCAUUAUUUGGCGCUUGUGGAGAGUGACAAGGCUCGACACGUAGCGCGGAUGUUGAUGGCUGAGGGGGAGGAGGGAGGAGGGGAGGGAGAAGGCGAUGACUCAAGAAUAGGGGGAGGAGGAGAAGGGGUUGGUGGUGGUAACCGCGGUGGUAACCAUCGAGGCAGGAAACUGAGCAUAACGUCGACAGCAGGGCUGCUGGGUGCCACGUACCCUAACGGAAUAUACUACGUGCAGCUAGGCAUAGGCACGCCACCUCAGACAUUCAACCUUGACAUUGACACGGGGAGCAAUCUGCUCUGGGUCAACUGCCUGCCCUGUAACCCCUGCACGCUCUCUAAGACGCUGCAAACCAACCCGCCCUUCGAUUCCGCGAAGUCCACCUCAGCCAAGCUGCUCCAAUGCUCCAACAAGGCCUGCAUCAACCCCGACCGAACCGUCAAGAUCCGCAACUGCAACGUCACUGCCAAGCCUCUGAGCAAAGGCUCGGACGGAGGCUCGGACGGAGAGGAGGACGGGUGCAUGUAUUCCGUGGCGUAUGGGGAUGGCAGUGGGACGUCAGGUCGCCUGCUUGCUGACGUCAUCCAUCUGCCCAUCUCGGGGUCUUCGAGAGCUUUUAAAGUUCCCAUCACGUUCGGCUGUGGUAACUCGCAGCAGGGUAAUUUUUACAACGGACUAGGUUGGACCUACUACCAGGCGCUAGACGGGCUGAUAGGCCUGGGCAGGGGAACGCUGUCUCUGCUCACUGCUGUUGGCGCCUACAAGGAAUUCUUUCCUAUUCGUCAGGUGGUGUCUCACUGCCUGGGUGGCGAUGGAGGUGGCGGGUGGAUGACGGUUGGCGACAUCCCCAUCCCCUCCCUCAUGGCCUUCACGCCCCUGCAACCAGAUGAGACUUUCUACAAGGUCACCCUUCGGAAGGUGUUCGUGGGGGGGGUUGAGGUGGCAGUGAGCCCGUUGCAGUACGGCAACGUGUCGCACGGCAACGCCAUCUUCGACAGCGGCACCACCUACACCAUCAUGCCGCCGCUCUUCGUCCCGCCGCUCUUCCACCUCAUCCAGACAGCAGUGGGGCUGCCUCGCUAUGCCUUCUCCAUUGGCAAAGAAGGCUCGCUCUGCUUUUCCUCCACAGACGAGCUUACAGCAGAGGACGUCAGAAACCGCUUCCCCCACAUCAACCUGCAAUUCGAAGGGCGAGGCGUGUUCAUGAAUGUGCCGCCGCACACGUACACGUUUAAAGCCAUGGACGAGGGGGUGGAGAUAGUGUGCACGCAGGUGGUGCUGGGAUCAGACACCAUAAAAGCUCCCAACAGCCCAGCCUUCAUAAUCGGAGCGCUAUGGAUGAGGGACUUCCUCGUGGUUCAUGAUCAGGAGGAGAAUCGGGUUGGAUGGGCUGCCAUGAAAUGCACAUGAAAGCAAAUGCAUGGACAUGGUAAUUAAGUGACCAAGCGCCCAUAACAUGGCACACCUGGAGCUGGGCAUGCAUUCCAUUUGAGGAACAACUUUGAUCUGGUUUUGAUAAUGUGACUGUAGUUUGGAUAUUUGUAUAUACGUUAUGCACCAGGCUGAGUCAAAGGCUAGCUGAGCCCUGCAGUUGAAUAUGGACGAAGUCUCUAGUGUUGAGGUGCAAGGAAGGGCGGAUUUCGGGACGAUUUAAAACAAAUUUGUAUACA